AUGAGGAAACAGUUUGAGUGGUCAAAUGCUCUGCAGACGCUAGAGAAUGAGUACAAGGAGGCACACGAAGCAGAGGAAACACUGAGGGAGAAAUACAAUGCUCUGGAGGAAGCCCAUGCUUCUCUGAAGACAGAGAAAGAAGCCCUAGACAAACAACUGUGGGAGGUCAAGGAAUCACUGGCUGCAGAACAGGUGGAAGUCAGCAGGCUCAAAACUUUGCUGGAGAAUGAGCGGUGCAAGGUUGCAGAACUGGAGACAGCAAGGCGGGCCCAAGAUAAAACUGACCUGGAGGCACUCCUAGAUGUGGCCAGGCAAGACAAAGACAGGACAGACCAAAAACUGGCAGAUCUAGUAGAGUCUCUGGCUUUUUCUCAAUGUGAGCUUGCAAGACUCAAGGAAAGCCUUACUGGCAAGGACCAAGAACUUGCAGCUGUCAGCAGUAGCGCCAAGACGCAGAUUGCUGACCUGCAGUUCAAGUUGGAGGUUGCUGAAAGUGACAAACAGAAUGCCGAGAGGGAGGUGAACCUGCUGAGGGAACAUAUUGACCAGCUCGCUGCAGACUGUGACAGUCACCUUGAAGCCAAACAGAAUUUGACCUCUACACUUCAGGAGGUUCAGUCUGAGCUGAAGAACAUCAAACAGCAGAAACAGAUGAUGGAAGCAGAAUUGCAUGAGAUAAGUUCUCGACACAACAUGGAAUCUGAAGAAUGGAAGCAGUUCCAGAGAGAUUUGCAGACGGCUGUGGUGAUUGCAAACAAUUUUAGCCAAGAAACCCAGGAGAAGAUGGAGCGACUGACUGUUGAAAAUGCACAAGUCCACGAACAGAUGGCUGCUCUGAAAGUGGACUUUGACAAGCUGUUGCAGGAGAACAGAAUUCUUAAGCAGACGUCGGAAGACUUCUCACCGAGAAAACAUUCGAUUUUAACUAAUGCAGAGUUCAAGGGCAAGGUCCUAACUACAAUGGACAGAGAACUAGCUGCUUUAAGAGAGGGUCGGCCACAUCUGGAUCAGCGUAGUCAGAGCAUUUCAGUCAAGUCUCUCAUCCGUUCCAUUGAGGAGCAAGUCAAGUCUGGCUGUUCUUCCAUUGUUUCAAGUCAUUCAGAGUCUCGCAGAAGUUCCACCUCUUCCGAAGCAUCUCUGAAAGACCUGGCCAAACCGACAUCGCCUCAGCCCACGCCAGAUAGUCCGAGAUCACCAACUAAAGAAUUUAACCUGAGGACUUCUGGUUUUAAGACAAGGUCAAUGGAGAGGUCGCCCCAACCGAGGCACAUCCCGGGAAGUGGGGUCAGUGGAGGGAUCACUAGCCCUGAAGGUACUGGAAAAGGAUUGCAGGGGUCUAGAGUGGAUGGCAGUGAGUCUGGGGGUAGUAAAACCACUCCACAGAUAUCAUCCAUUCUCAAGGACAGAAGUACGCCCAGGCGAGGCAGUGGGAUCAUUGAAGUUGAUGCAUGCAAAAAGGAGACACUAGGUCGGGACCCUCUCUCUUCCCUGGCCAAGUUGAUGAAGGGAUCCAAGAGGAACGCUCUGCUCAAAUGGUGCCAGAUCAAGACUAUCCCAUACUCAAAUGUGGACAUCACCAACUUCAGCAGCAGCUGGAUUGAUGGGCUGGGCUUCUGUGCCUUGUUGCACAGUUAUGUCCCAGAGAGGAUUCCUUACUCGGAGCUCACCUCGGAGGAUAAGAGAAAGAACCUGACCAUUGCCUUCAGUGCUGCAGAGAGUAUCGGAAUCAAAGCAACACUGAACAUCAACGACAUGGUGUCCAUGGAGCGACCCGACUGGCAGGCCGUCAUGAAUUACGUCACAGCUAUUUAUAGACACUUUGAAGUGGAUAAGCCAUGA